AUGCCGGCUCCGUCCCGGCCGGCGGGUGCCCUGCUCCGAGGUCUGGCCCGAUCGGGUCGACGGCCAGUGUUAUCAUCGGCCAUCCCACCACCCUCCCUCCGCAUCAUCGGCACCUCCGUCGCAGCUCCACGAUGGAGCUCUACAACCUCCCCCAACUCCUCCUCCUCGAAUUUCUCCUCCGUGAACCCUGAUGAGGUUUCACACUUCAACGCCCUCGCCGCGGACUGGUGGGAUCCCCAUGGUUCUUCGCGGCUCCUCCAUCUCAUGAACCCUCUCCGUCACGACUUUAUCCGCGCCUGCCACAGCGCCCAGGCCGAUGCUCCCGCGACGACCGAUCUUACUUUUCUCGAUAUCGGCUGUGGCGGCGGCAUCUUUGCCGAGAGCGCCGCACGGCUGCCGACGACCCGGCGCGUCACUGCCAUCGACCCUACCCCCGAAGUGCUGGCCGUAGCCCGAGCCCACGCCCGCAGGGACCCAGGGUUGCGCAACAAGCUCGAGUAUCGCCAGACAUCGAUCGAGAACCUACCCGUGCCCGCGACACCCGAGGAGGCCUAUGAUGUGGUCUCCCUGUUCGAGGUGAUCGAACACGUCGAUGCGCCGGCCGCAUUCCUGGAAAAGGUGCGGCCAUUCGUCAAGCCGGGAGGCUGGCUCGUCAUGAGCACCAUCGCGCGAACAUGGAUGAGUUGGUUCACAACCAACUUCAUUGCCGAGGACGUGCUGGGUAUCGUGCCUAAGGGAACACACGACUGGAACAAGUACCUCAAUGAGGAGGAGCUGCGGCACUUCCUCGCGAACCAGGGAUGGAGUCAUCCCAUGGUGCAGGGCGUCGUGUACGUGCCAGGCUUGGGCUGGAAGGAGGUGAAGGGCAGCGAGAAGGUAGGCAACUACUUUUUCGCGGUGCGCAAGACGGGAGAGCCAUGA